GGGUCAGAGUGAAGGAAUGCGCGGGGAGCUACUGCGCUAGCGUAGCGGAAACAGAAACAUGCAGCAAAGUUUUUCAUAAGUAUCACGAGCAUCCGUUUUUUAUUUAUUUACCACCAUCACAAACAUGACCUCAAAUAUUACAGACGCAACGCAAGACGAGCUGAUCAAUUUAAUAUAUCACCAUUUAAAGGACAACGGCUACCAGAAAGCAGCACACGUGUUGAAAAAGCACGCGCCCAAGUUGCAGGUUGAAGCUGAAGAAGUGAAAGUGUCAUUGAGUGAGAUCUUUCAGAAGUGGGCAAGCUCAGAUGAUGGAGAUACUCCACCCGUGCCUUCUGGUGUUCAAACUCCUGAGCUCCAGAGUCCAGCAAAAACACAGAGAGGUUCUUCUAAGAUCACGGCUCCCUCUGCUGGACUUGAUCCAAAAAAACCUGUCGGCAACAUUACAACUGCAGGAACAGCGGGCAAAUCAACGAAACAGAGGAAAAAUGAAACUGGGAGUAAACCGAGGAAAAGAAACAACUCCAGCUCAGAAGAGGCUGUGGUUCCUCCAUCGGCCGCUGAUCCGGGGAAUGACUCGGACUCGGACUCCAGUUUAGACGUGGAUAAGUGGAGGAGACUGCUUUCUGAAUUCUCAGACGUCGACAGAGAGAAAAUGGAUGUUCUUUCAAUUUUGGACGAAUCUUUUGGGAAGAUCCCAGAAAGGAGCAGGGCGAAUAGGAAGCCGAGAACAAAAAAGAAAGUGGUCAACCAAUCCAAGGAGGGAAAGUCCGAUACGCCAGAAAACGAAGCGGCGGCCAAAUCCGAUGACAUUUCUGUAACAACCGAUGCAUCUAAGAAUUCAGAAAAGACGAAAGAUGAAGACACUGAAGCUCCUAAAGUCAAGAAAAAGACUGGAAAUAAGAAAAAUAGUAGCAUCUCAGGUCUUGAUGUGGUUGAGACCCCAAAAAGGACUAAAGCUAAAACUACCAACACCUCAUGUGAUCAGGAUGAGACCGAUAAAGCAGAACAUCAUGAAACGAACGGACUUUUGAAAGGAACUAAAGAGGUUGGUGUAUCAGAUUCAGAAGCCAUUUGGACUCCUAAAAGAGUUCAUUUUGAACCACUUAAGAGUUUUUCACAUCAGGUUGUGAAAAAUGCUUGUAAAGAUAACGGUACCUCAGAAACCAGCACUCCAGCUAAAACGGCUAAAAAAAAGAAAGGCCUUUCUGAAGCCAGUGAUGUUGAAACUGACAACAAUCCCUCAAAUACUCAAGAAGUUAAGAAAGCUGCUGUGGAAACUCACUGUGAAGAAACCAACCUUACGACGGACCAAUCAGAGACGCCAUCAAAGAAAGUGAAAAACAAGAAGUCUAAAAGUGUUGCGGAGCCCGUUCCUAAUGAAACGCCUGCUAAGAAGGGUAAAGCCAAGAAAACUGAAGUUCCUUCUGAGAUUGACCAAGAAACAACAUCUGAAUCCGUUAACCCUGAUUCUUCAUCUAAAAAAGCCAAACAUAAGGCUAGUGAAAGCCUUUCAGAAACGCUUGAGUCUGAAAAGCCAGCUAAAAAGGCCAAACGUAAGACCAGUGAAAGCAUUUUAGAAACAACUGAGUCUGAAAAGCCAGCUAAAAAAGCCAAAUGUAAGGCCAGUGAAAGCAUUUCAGAAACCCUUGAGUCUGAAACGGCAUCCAAAAAAGCCAAACAUAAGGCUAGUGAAAGCCUUUCAGAAGCGCCUGAGUCUGAAACGGCAUCUAAAAAAGCCAAACACAAGACAAGUGAAAGCAUUUCAGAAACAAUUGAGUCUGAAAAGCCAGCUAAAAAGGCCAAAUGUAAGACAAGUGAAAGCAUUUCAGAAACGCUUGAGUCUGAAACGGCAUCCAAAAAAGCCAAACAUAAGGCUAGUGAAAGCCUUUCAGAAGCGCCUGAGUCUGAAACGGCAUCUAAAAAAGCCAAACACAAGACAAGUGAAAGCAUUUCAGAAACGCUUGAGUCUGAAAAGCCAGCUAAAAAGGCCAAAUGUAAGACAAGUGAAAGCAUUUCAGAAACAAUUGAGUCUGAAAAGCCAGCUAAAAAGGCUAAAGCCGUGAAAGAACCUGGUGAGGUGGAAACUAGCAGUAAAAAGCCCAAAACAGUCCCGUCGGACGCUGACCUCCUUCAGUUCGACUCUGCAAACCGCUCUUUGAAAAAAAAGAAAAGCAAGAUGGCUGCUGACAGCGUGGAGAUCCAGCCUGACGUUCCUGCAGAAACGCCUGUGAAAAGUCUUCAAUCUCAAAAAAACGAUGUUGCCGAUGGUUUGGGAAAUGAGGAAACCUCCGGUCAAGAGCUAAACACUCUGUCUAAAAAACAAAAAAAACACAAAACGGAGGAAGCUUGUGACGUUCCUGCCGCGCCAGAGGCCAAGAAAGUCAAAGCGAAGAGCAAAAACAAGAAGGGUGAAAAUGCAGAUGCUCUCCAACCUCCUCCACCAGAAGAAGAAGAAGAAGAAGAAGCUGCAGUGAGCCAGAAGAAAAAAAAGAAGAAGAGAGGAGAAGAAACGGAGGGAAUCGUCCCUGUAUCUGCUCCAGUCGAGGAGCUGGUCGUGCAAAAAAAGAAAAAGAAGAAAGAGAAAGCGCUCGUGGACUCAACAGCACAUAAUGAGACUGAGAACUGAUGUCUCGAACA